UCAUGCUUCCAAUGUAAUCAGGCAGAUGAUCAAUCGUUUUUUUCCGCAGCGCCUUCCCCUUUUGAGGCAACACAUGUCGAUACUGUUGUGAGUCCAUGCUUGCCUAUCGUCAUUUCUGGUUUGAUCCUUCCCUCACCCGACCAACAGCGGCAUUCCUUAGACAGCUGGGGACUCUCGCCUGCGGGAGGAGCGGAUGUUCCAGAUGCGUGCCUUCUCCAUUGCCUUUUGACAGUCUUCACCAAAAUGUAACAAACCUUGCGAUUCAAAGUUACCUAGCUGUAAAGAUCUCAUUUCCGCAGAGCUUCGGGGCGUGAGAUCUCCAGCGAUACCACUCGUUGUCUCCUGGACUUCCACGUGACAAAUUCGAUAUCAUCACAGGCGAGGAUCAGCUUUCAGAGAUUAUGGACAACGCGGUCGUGGUUCUCUGCAUAAUCGUCGGUGCUGGUCUUAGCGUUCUUCUGGCAUAUUCUGCGACACACAUGUUCUUUCGUCAAGGUCCCGAAAUCGAUGAUAUCGCCCUCAAAAAGCGGCGGGCUCAAAUCCAAUAUAUGCGCGAAGUUCGCAUGCGGAAUCACAAAUUUAUCGCCGCAACAUGUGGUGAUACCCCGAUCACGGUACGUGCAUUUCUGUCGGGCCCCGUGGAUGCGUGAACUUUAUAAUGACCAGAGGUCGCAGUUGCAUCCACCAUCAGACGAUCGAUCCAGUUUGUCGUACUGAUAUAGCCCGCAAGUCUGGAUCACACUAGGCGGAGAAAGAUAGUAGGUAAAUAUUGCAUCGCUCGAAUGCUACGUGUUAACCUGAAAGGCAUGUGCUGAUCGCAUGAGGGAAAAGGGCAUCUCUGCGGGAUAUCAUCCGUUGUCAUAUACGGUGAGCUCCUGAUGUGUGGUUGACUGGCUUCACUCAAUUCGCUUCGCGGUCCUGUCCGGAACAAGGAGGGCGGAGAGCGCAAUGUCGGAAGCUUGCGUGCUUCCCCUGUUGGAAAUUGAAACUGAAUAAACGC